AUGCUACCACUUCUCGGCUCUGCGGGGGAAGCCAUCGGUGGCACACCUCUUGUUUGUCUGGAUCGUAUAACCUCUUCAUUGGGACUCGAUAGGACUAUUGCUACCAAACUUGAUUACCUCAAUCCUGGGUGGUCCAAAAAGGAUCGUGUCGCACUUGGUAUCAUCGAGGAAGCAGAGAGGUUGGGUACACUUAAGCCUGGGCAGGCGGUGGUCGAGCUUAUCAGUGGCAACAUGGGCACUGGACUUUCGAUUGUAUGUGCUGUUAAAGGCUAUCUGUUCAUUGCCGUUAUAUUCCGGGGGAACUCAAUCGAACAGGCUUAUAUGAUGUCGGCUCUGGUAAAAGGACUUGAAAUCGAGUACAGAGCCUUCUGUACUGACCAAUUUACUCGAGAUAGAAAUUGGAUAGCAUAUUACAAUAGAACUGGAGUAGAACUAUGGAAACAAACAGACAGCUACCUUGACAGACUUAUUGAUUUUGUCGGUUCUGGAGGCACCUACACUGGUGUAACUAAGAAGCUCGAAUCAGUGAAUCCGGCGGUGAAAUACUUCAUUGUCAAACCGGAUGGGGCUGCUGUCUUAGCCAACAAACAAAUUUCGCAACCAGAACAUGCUAUUCAGGGAGGUGGUUAUGUGAUGCCUGAUCUAUUCUAUCUCAAAGACGUUCCCGUCGACGGUUACCUCCAAAUAACUGGUGAUCAGGCUAGGGAAGGAGCACGCUUGCUAGCAAGUAAGGAGGGUAUCUUUGGAGGAUUCUCUAGUAGUGCGAACAUUAGCGCAGCGAUCAAGUUGCUGAAAGGCGAGAUGAGAGGAAAGACAAUCGCAAUGAUGGUCUGUGAUUCUGAUUGA